AUGGCGUCUUGUUGGCGAUUUCGACCACUUGUCAAUUUGACAUAUUCCAAAUAUAUGUGUCAGAGGCGAAUGCAAAAGAAUAUUUUCUGUCAGCAAUCACAAGUCAUAAUACGACGUUUAAAAGCAACAUAUUCUACUGAAAACUUGGAUGAGGACAGGCAAACAGACGAUAGUUAUGAAGACAAGGGGAGACAACUUCACUAUGAUGACCUCUACCCUGGUCAUAUCCCAACUUCACUCUUUCAGAAAGCUGUACUUGCAGUGGGUUCUGCAGCUAUGUGCAUCAUCAAUCCUGCCAGAGAUGACAUGAUAUGUGCUUUGGGUGAGACAACAGGCCCCAUAGCUCUGCGCUACAUGAGACAGAAGAUGCUGGCUGACCCUGUUGGUAGGCAGAUUCUGGAAGAAGAACCCCUGAUAACAACAGAGACAAUUUCAGUGCCCUACUUAAAGAGUCUCCCAGACAAUACAUUUGGAAAGGCCUAUUGGAGAUUCCUAGAUAAAAAUGGGUUCUCUCCUGAUGCACGGCGACCUGUCAACUUCGUGGAUGACCGCGACCUGAUGUAUGUGAUGUUGCGGUAUCGACAGCUGCAUGACCUGAUGCACACGCUGCUGGGGAUGCCCCCCAACAUGCUAGGGGAGGUUGUGGUCAAGUGGUUUGAGGCCAUCCAGACCGGACUACCGAUGUGUGCUGUUGGGGCCCUGGUGGGACCUGUCCGGCUUGGGCCAAAACAUCGACAAAAGUACCUGAGCAUUUACCUGCCCUGGGUGUUAAGGAGUGCCAACAAUUCCAAGUUCCUGAUGUCUGUGUAUUUUGAAAAACACUUUGAAAAAGAUUUGGAUGAAUUUCGAAAGGAGCUGAAUUUAGAGCCUGCACCUGUUCCCUUGAUAAAGACUGGGGCAGGCACUGUCACUAAGUGAUAAAACAGUCAACUCUUCCUAUGUGAUAGAAUACUGGAGACUAUUGACAUGCAUUCAUUGUUGUGGCAUGCCAGGCCACAACUUGUUCUCCAACCAGCCGAACAUUUGAAGAAUUUCAAUUAAUGGAUAAGUCUGAACAUUAGGUGAUUUCCUAUUUACAGCAGAACACUGUAUAUGAUACGCCAAGCAUGCAUGAUGCAUUAUGCCUCAUAGCUUUUCUUUUCCUUUUACUUUGUUAUUUCUUAGAAUCCCACUAUCAUUUAUGGAAGUUGUACCAAGGGUAGGACUGCAUAAAACUCAAAACAUGCACAUAUAAUUUGUUAUUGACGCAUUCACCCUCCUUAAAGUAUUGAGGUAUAGGGGGCACGGGUGGCCCAGUCGUCUAGGGCAUCGCGAUUCGCUGUGCAGAGUUGCGUCCCUUUGGCACGCCAGAAACCUAUGAUUGUGUGUUCGAAUCCCGGUUCGCCCCGAUUAUGUUUCU